CCUGUCUUUUGAAAUGUGGUGACGAGCCUUACCAUACGCCGCUUCAUUACCGGUUUUAUACCAAACCUCGGGUAAAAUAGGAAUUUUGGUAAUCCCGGUGAGGUUCGAUUCCCAAUGCGCCUCUAGAUCCUCUACUAUUGCUACUGCUUUCUGUCGUCUGCGUGCAAGAGCCGGAGUAGUAUCCUCCAAUUAACCUUCCACCUAGCAUUUCCUCAGAUGAAAGCAAUGCCGGGAUUCCCCCUCCGAACUGAUAGCAGCCGAUACUCGGGCGAGAACGACAAACAAGCUUAUGAGGUGUCGCUCAGCCAUGUCGGCAAUGGUCUUGUCUGAGCCUCUGACUCUCGAGAUCGGAGUCAACGAUUUGUUCCGGUUUCAAGCCACCUAGCCGAUGCUUAGUGUGCUAUCUAAUUUCGGGACGUGUCCGGUCCAGAUGGAUGCCCGAGUGUUCGACCUCGAGUCCCGCCCCGCCGAGGAACUUACUCCUGGAGUAAUGUGGAUUUUUGGCUUGAUUGUGGCUCAUGUUCUCACUUGGCGCUUUCGGGGACUUGAGGAAAGGACACGGUACCCAACGAGGCCCAAAUCGGCCCGAAUGGGUCUCUCCGUCAAGCCUUUGAGGCGCUAAGCAAGGGACG